UUUAGCAGACACCACAAUGAGCGGAGGAGAGAUCUCCCCAUGUAUCUCUAUCUGAUUAUCAUACGAGUUCCCCUUGGAUUGCUGGAUUCAUGCAUCUGAUUGGCUGCAGACUUGGGACAUUUGAGCUUCUGGGCUGAAAUACUGUAAAGAAGAAGUUGGCUGGAGGAAGAGAUUAAGGAGAACCCUACAUUACUUUACAGGACAUGGACUUUUGCCUGGAGUGCCUUUCUGUGGAUCUAUCUGGAGAUGGGAUUUUGAUGAAGUUUGGAGAUGGAAGGUGCUAACACUUUAAAGGGAAACUUUUUUUAGGGUAGUGGUAAUAGGGGUGGAGAAGAGGUAUGGAAGAAGGUCUUAAAUGUUAAGCUUCCUUUUCAUUUUAGGUAGGGGAACUGCUGGAACUUGGGGGUGGAAGAAAUUGUUUGAAAUUUAAAGUGGAAGCCUCUCUAGCUGCUUAGUCUACAUCAAAAGAAGGGGUGUAACUGAAGAUUGGGUAAUGGGAAGGGUAUAAAACUUACAGUUGGAUUUAGGAUGGAAAGACAGAUAAUGGAAGGAAUGUUAAAUUUUAGCUCCCAAAUUUUUUUUUCUGCUUUAGUUAAGCUAUGGGAGGUAAUCAAACUUUAAAUUGAAUCCUCUCCUGGGGCGUUAUAUCUGGGGGAGCCCCGGUGGUGCUGAAGGACAGCGACCACAGCCGGACCCAGCUAUGAACUUCUCCAGGGAUUCCUUCACACUGAACGUCGGGGGCACCAGGUAUUCUUUCUCGCAAGAGGUGAUUAAGGAUUUCCCCCUCCGCAGGGUGAGCAGGCUGCAUGGAUGUUCCUCGGAGCAGGACGUGCUGGAGGUUUGCGAUGACUACGACCAGGAGAGGAACGAGUAUUUCUUUGAUAGACACUCAGAGGCGUUUGGCUUCAUUAUGAUGUACGUCAAGUAUGGGAAGCUGCGAUUUGUGCCGCAGAUGUGUGAACUCUCCUUCUACAACGAGAUGAUUUACUGGGGGUUAGAACGUUCUCAGCUGGAGUACUGCUGCCAGCGGCGCUUGGACGACCGCAUGUCGGACACCUACACCUACAUGUCGGACGAGAGUAAGCCAGAUGAGAGUUGCAACAUGAAGGAUGAGCAGCAGCAGCAGCAACAGGGACCCGAGGAUAAGAAGUGGCUGGAGCGCAUGAGGAUAACUUUUGAGGAGCCCACCUCCUCCCUGGCAGCUCAGAUACUGGCUGUGAUUUCCAUCAUCUUGGUAAUCGUGUCCAUGGUGGUCCUAUGUGCCAGCACCCUGCCCGACUGGAAGACCGCAGAGAAUCAGAGCGUGGAGGAGUACAGGUAUACAGCCAGUCUGUGGGAACCUUCAGGGAUAAUUGAAGCAAUCUGCAUCGGGUGGUUCACUGCCGAAUGCAUAGUGCGGUUCAUUGUCUCCAAGGACAAGUGUGUAUUUGUGAAGAGACCUUUGAACAUCAUCGACUUGUUGGCCAUAACGCCUUAUUAUGUCUCCGUGUUCAUGACUGUCUUUACAGGGGAGAAUCCACAGCUGCAGAGAGCCGGAGUCACGUUGAGAGUUCUGAGAAUGAUGAGAAUAUUCUGGGUAAUUAAGCUCGCCAGGCACUUUAUUGGCCUUCAGACCCUUGGCUUGACCUUGAAACGUUGCUACAAGGAGAUGGUCAUGCUGCUGGUCUUUAUUUGUGUUGCUAUGGCCAUCUUUGGUGCCCUCUCCCAGCUCCUUGAACAUGGCUUGGACCUUGAGGCCAGGAAUGAGGAUUAUUCCAGUAUUCCUGCAGCCUGCUGGUGGGUGAUCAUUUCCAUGACCACGGUUGGCUACGGUGACAUGUACCCUAUCUCUGUUCCUGGAAGAAUACUGGGCGGAGUGUGUGUAGUCAGUGGUAUCGUUUUACUUGCGUUGCCUAUAACGUUUAUCUAUCACAGCUUUGUGCAAUGUUAUCAUGAGCUGAAGUUUAAGUCCGCUAGGUAUGGAAGGAGCUUAUCAAAUGAAUUCCUAAACUGAUUUUGCCAUCAUCCCCAUCAACUGCAAAGUCCAUUGUUUUUACUCAACUGCCAUCUCCCUGCACCUUCGCAGGAACCUCUUAAGGAUUAGAAGUCUCUCAUUUCAUUGGAGAGCAUAGCCAAGUACUACUGCUAAUAGAAAAUCUGGCCUUUGGGGUGAUUAAACUGUGGGGGACAUGGGACUGAACAUGGUACAACUGGAUGUAGCCAACAUUCCUGUAACCUGGCAGUUAUUCCAUACUGUAUCACUUUAUGGGGGUAUUAACUGAACGGGGGAGUAUUAAUAUGUAGCAUUCCAAUUGCAGGGGGCAAAGUGCAAUAUUUAAACACAACAGACCAUUUUCCAUGUAUUUUUGGUGACAAUGCCAAGGAUCUGUUGGAAUACCUAUAUACACACUGAGACAUUGAUGCUGUAUUAUCUCUGUUAUAAGUAAUUACUAUAUCAUUACAAUAAAAUGCAAGGAAUUGCUACAUAUUUUAUAGAAAACGAAGCAAAAUUUAUGUUUUUAUAGUUACAGAAGUUCCCCAGCAGGUGGCACCUUCCAGUCCUUCGCGAUCGUCGUGUGCGUUUAUAGAUGACAAACUAAAAAUUCAUAUUUUAAAGUCAAACUGUGGUAUAAAAUAACAGUUUGUUAUCUUAUAUACUGUAUAUAUACAUAUGGGCCUUUGUAAGUACAAAAUAUAUUUUCCUUAGACUUUACCUUUAUGUAAUAUGUAUUUUCUCAUUAAAAUAACAAUUAAAAAAAGAUAGCAAAUUAAAUAUUAAAUAUGAUUUGCCUUUUUUAAGAAAAAGAGAGAAUUUGGAUUCUUUUGUCGCUUGGAGAAGCUUUAGGCUUCUUGAUAUGGAAUAUAAUUCCUGAGCACAGAAAACAUUGUGGAUAAGGUUUUAAUGCCACCAGAGAUUUUGACACAGAGUUUCACUGGGGAUCUUUGCCGCCUACCAUUAAAGGGCAAACAAAUUCUAGAGUAAAACGAGGUUAUGAGUAGCUACAGCACUGCUGUAUGUGUCUGCUUGUAGAGCAGUAUAGUCUGUACUUGCCAUGGGAGAAAAUGCCUUCCACUAGCUUUAAAUUGAAAGGGAGGCAGCAUGGGCAGUUUUGGCCAUUUCUCACUAAUAUAUGAACCAGUUUCUAAUACAGUGCCAUGUGCCAGAGCAAUCUGAAUCUUGAAAAAUAAGCAUUAUCCUUGAUUUUCACCCUAAUCAGCAAAUACCCCUCUACUUCUUUGGACCUCCCUGGGGGAUCAGUCUUGGGAACUAUUGUUUUAUUGUGAGAUAGAGAGGCCCUUUUGCUAAUAAAUGUUGUGUUUCAUAUUCUCAGGAUUCUUAUCAGUGAUGUCUAGGUUUGCCACCUGGCCGGUAUUUUACCGGCCUGACCAGUAAAAAUUAUGGUUGAUCCCAAUGUUAUUAAUAGGGAAAAAAAGAUAAAUCUAUAGGAAGGCCAGUAUUUUUUUCCAGAAAAGGUGGCAACUCUAGUGAUGUCCAACCCAUGGUCCUUACAGACUGAAGAUCUCUCAUUGUUUUGGCAAGGGGCUAGUUUUAUAUCACCAACAUGUUUUGUUAUCAGCAUGAAGGCCUCGGAGCACUCAUGGGGCUUAAUUUAUGUUAAAAAAAGGAUUUUAAUGGUGUAAGACAAAGAUUUGGUCCUACACAGAGAAUACUCAAGACAUCACAAACAGUACUCCAAACCAAACAAACUGAUUGGGGAUUAGUUUGGGGAACUGUUUGUGAUGUCUUGAGAAAGGUCCUCUGUGUAGGACCAAAAUGUCGGCUUAAACAAUAUGUGCAAAAAUUUUUGCACAUAAAUUAAGCUCCAUGAAUGCUCUGUGUCCUACAUGCUCAUAGUACUUUUUGUGCUAGCACCUGUCCUUUUCUGACUAUUUUUUUGGGUUGAGUGUGCUGCCUUUCAGACUCUAUUGGUGCACAAAAGAGUCACAUAUGAAAAAAAGUUUGGCACAGCACAGAACUUGCUUUUGUAGGCUUUUGUUAGGGUUCCUUCGUCAGAGCCAAAAGUCCUGUCCCAAACAUAUUUCUGCAAUGAAAAAAUAUUUCUAGAUUCUAAAUGAUUCUAGAACAGCAAUAGGGUGUUCUAUAGUAGUAAGUCAGAAACCCCAGAAGGAUCCUGGAAAUGUACAUAAUAGGGUGCAGGUUGAUUUAUAAGAAAUAUAAUGCUUAGUAUUUUCCUACAUAUCAUUAUUCAUUCUGUUACCAUAAAGCAGUGGUUUUGAGACCUUUUGGGAGGACGUGUCCUUUUUUGGCCAGGGAGCCCCUGAUAGCACAAUUGAGUCAAAGUAAUAUGGAAAGAGUAUCUAGGACAACAAAGCUCCCUAAAUUAGAAUUUCAGUUGGAAGACCAUAUCCAUUAAUUUGGGCUCCAACUUUGGGGCCAGUCCCAUCAGUUUAUGUCAUAGAGUUUUACAGGUGUUUUGCCAGUUUUUUUUUCCCAGUUUAGAAGUGGCACCUGGCAUACAGGUCCCCAACCUCAUAUAUUUUGCCAUAUUUGGCAUGUAAGCGCCACAUAUUUGGUGUCAUACACAAAAAGGCUAAUUAAGAGAGAAGGAAUGUAUCAUUCCUUUUAUUCUUAGUCCAGGGACAGACAAUAGCCUCUCAAUGUGCCCUGCUUUGGUUUCUAUGGCAUCACCAGACACAAUCACCUGGGGAAAAGUUUCAUGAGCAACACUGGCUUCAUGUACAGUGUCUUCCAUAGGCAUCAUUCACUACAAUACAAUGCUGUGACCAUUUGACUUCAGCAAUGACAUUGAGAAGGUUCCCUUCCAUGCUGGACAGCCCAGGAGACUAGCAAUGUGGUAGAACAUAAGAGUGAGAUGAGGCUCGGCUAACUUGUAACAAAAGUUAGGCAACUGCUUUGUUACAAUGUAAGGGAAUCCAAAGAUUUUUCAAUGGCAUCCGGUUGGAGUGAUAACCAGUACAGGAAAGUAUCACAAUUUGCUUUUGCUAAACAAUCAGAAAAAGACAACUGAGCAGAAGAUGUAGGCUAAAGUACCAACCGAUCACAAAUGGCUUUGCUAAUGAAUUAUACAAAGUCACAUGGGAACAGCAAUGAAAACAGAACAGCUAUUCAUGCACAUAUAAUGGGACAAACUAGCAUUUCUUCAGCUGACAUAUAUAUUACAGUUAAAUAAAGUAGCAGCCCUGCUGAAUACUUUUGCCCAAGAGAUGGAUUGUACAUUCACAAAAAAAGUAAUUUACAGUUUUCCAGCAGUUCUUUGGGUGUGAAAUGCAUUAUUAGAAAUAGUUGUGCGACUCUUGCAAGAGGUACUCAUUGUAAUGUGUCAUUGUCUGCUCACCCAAUGAAUAGAUGGGGGAACAUUGUCAGUACGGUGAAUCCAAUCUGUGCUCUUUGCUCAGAUAUCUACAUUUCAUAUGUUUUGUACUGAAACAUUGUUCUCGAAUGGCUGAUUAUAUUCCAAUGGACCAUAACCCAUCGGUAGAUAUAUAGAGGUUAUGCAGUAUCCUAAUAUUUGCUUUGAUUAUAACUUCCUGUUCUGAUGAUGAAAAAGCUUCCUGAUAAUUGGUUGAUCCAAGUAGAGUUAUUUGCACAAAAGGAAGUGAGCAUAAUAGAUAAUAGAGUCAUAAUACAGGCACAUCAAGUGAUUGAGUGUAUGUUAGGGUAAUUGAUGUAACUAAGCACAGUGGAUGACCAAAAUAAUGAAGAAAAUGACAUUGAAGAAGAGAACAUAAGAGUGUGAGAAGACAUAUUGUAGAUGAUUCAGAGGUGGUGGGAGGAAACAAUAUAAAAAAGCCUACGGGUGACAACUCCAACAUUCUGUCCUACCCUACUGACCAGAUAUAAAGUCUACCUAUGUCAGUAUUUACAUAUAUUAACACCUUUUUGGCAUCACUGUAUCUGAUAUUAGAAGCCUACAGUAACACAACUUCUAAGGACACAUACCCCACCAGCUGAGGAGCACAGUUAAUAAAGCCAAGGCACUUUUUUUUUGUUCAUGUUUAAUGUUUUUUUUGGUGUCCAUCUCAACUGAACGAAUUAUAGUUUUUAUUAUAUGAUUUAAGUACCUGCUGCUUGUGUAAUUAGCUUUGUUUAAUAUGUAUCUCUACAAUACUAUUUAAUACCGUUUGGACUUAUCAUUGUAUUACAUGCAACAGGUUAAUAAUUGCCUUACCCUGUAUAUAAUAUUGUUUGGUAUUUGCCAAGCAGUCUUAAGCCAUGUGGUACUAUUGCUGGGUGCUGGAAGGCACAUCCCAAUUGACUGACCACAAAAGCACAUGUUAUGUACCAAGAUGGAUGUUUUACUAUGUAGAUUUGAAAUAAUUUAGUACUUACCAGUAUAGGUAGGUAUUGAUGUUUAUAGUUUAAAACUGUAGAUGAUGAACACUUUUGUUAAAGAAAAAAUAAAUAUCUUUAUAUUUGUCCUCUU